AUGCCGGAGUAUCUGGGUCGUCGUUUCGGAGGAGAGAGGAUCAGAACCUACCUGGCUGUCCUCUCGCUGCUGCUGUCUGUCUUCACAAAGAUUUCAACUGACCUGUACUCUGGAGCCUUGUUUGUUCAGGUGUGUCUGGGAUGGAACCUCUACCUGUCCACUGUCCUCAUGCUGGUGGUCACUGCACUCUACACUAUUGCAGGUGGUCUUGCUGCCGUCAUCUACACUGACACCCUUCAGACAUUUAUCAUGAUUGUAGGAGCAAUCAUCUUAACAAUUACUGCCUUUAACAAGAUUGGUGGAUAUGGUAACCUGGAGCGCGUGUACAGCAUGGCAGUGCCCAGUAAGAUCAUUCCCAACAGCACCUGCCACCUGCCACGCCAGGAUGCCAUGCACCUCUUCAGAGACGCCGUCACUGGAGACCUGCCCUGGCCUGGUAUGACACUGGGGCUCACCAUACUGGCUACCUGGUACUGGUGCACCGACCAGGUUAUUGUGCAACGGUCCCUGUCCGCUAAGAACAUGAGUCAUGUGAAAGGAGCAUCGAUCCUGGCUGCCUAUCUGAAGAUGCUGCCCUUCAUCUUCAUCAUCCUCCCUGGCAUGAUCAGCCGAGCUCUCUAUCCAGACUCUGUGGGAUGUGUGGAUCCUGAGGAGUGUGUGCGAGUGUGUGGAACUGAAGUGGGAUGUUCCAACAUCGCCUUUCCCAAACUGGUCAUUGAACUCAUGCCAAGUGGGCUGCGGGGGCUUAUGAUAGCGGUGAUGAUGGCAGCUCUGAUGUCUUCGCUGACCUCCAUCUUCAACAGCAGCUCCACACUCUUCACCAUGGACAUCUGGAAGAAACAUCGCCCCCAGGCCUCAGAGAGAGAGCUGCUGCUAGUUGGCAGGAUUGUGACAGUGAUCUUGGUGGUGGUGAGUGUGGUGUGGAUCCCCAUCCUACAGUCGGCCAACAGUGGACAACUAUAUGUUUACAUCCAGUCUGUGACGAGCUACCUCGCUCCACCGGUCACUGCUGUAUUCACUCUGGCUGUCUUCUGGAAGAGGACCAAUGAGCAGGGUGCAUUCUGGGGCCUGAUGGUGGGUUUGGUGGUGGGUGUGUGUAGGAUGGUGUUGGAGUUUGCGUUCCCUCCUCCCAGAUGUGGCGUUGUGGAUUCUGCACCUGCAGUCCUGCGUGGUGUCCACUACCUCCACUUCGCCAUUCUGCUCUGUGGCCUCACUGCUAUCGUGGUUACUAUAGUAUCACUGCUCACGCCACCACCCAGCCCUGAGCAGGUGUGUAACCUGACGUGGUGGACAAUAACUGAAGGGUCUCAAAGAGAAAUUCCUCUUCAGAAAGUGUCCUCUGUCAGCCACCGUAGCUCCCAGGGUUCUGAGCCAACUCGGCGAGUGACAUGUGGCCAGGGGGUGGGAUUGUGUAUCUCAGCAAUGCGGCGAUCAGAGGAGACUCCAGCUCCCAGAGUUCCCAGCAUCAGAGAGAGCGUGUUCUGGUCCAGGUUCUGCUGUGCUAAUGCGCUCCUGCUGAUCAGCAUUAACAUUUUUCUCUAUGCAUACUUUGCCUGAGUGGAAUAUCACAU